CGAAGAAAAAGAAUGAAAAGGAGAAUGAAAGAAAAGAAAAGGUAAGCGAAAAGGAAAAAGCAAAAAGGAAAGAACAAAGAGAACAACAAAAGAAAAGAACAACGGAAGAAAAGAACAAGAAAAUAAAAGAGUGA